GUCAUCUGGUCCGACACUCACUGUGAGCUUCAUGUGGGAUACUGGCUUCGUAUUCGCGACGUUUUACAUAGGAUGAAGUUUUGAGCAACGUUAUUAACGUUAUGCUAGUCGUCUAAAUGACGUGCUGAAGUUGAACUUCUCACAUGAAACAUAAUCUACAGUGACCAACAGAGAAUUUGGUAAACUACAGACACGCAGUAACCAUGGUACAGAAGUAUCAGUCCCCAGUGAGGGUCUACAAGUUCCCCUUUGAGCUGAUCAUGGCGGCAUACGUGCGGCGGUUCCCGAGCUGCCCGCUGAUCCCCAUGUUUGUGUGCAGUGAGGUCAUCAAGGAGGAGGAGAGUGAAGAUGGCGCCACACACUGCGUACAGAGAAGAUGCACCGUAGAUGUAGACGCACCCAGACUACUCAAGAGGAUUGCAGGUGUAGACUACCUGUACUUCAUUCAGAAGAACACCCUGGACAGGAGGCAGAGGACCCUUCACAUAGAGGCACACAACGAGACCUUCUCGAGCAGAGUCAUGGUGCAGGAACACUGCAGCUAUACGGUCCACCCAGAGAAUGAGGAGUGGACAUGCUUUGAGCAGUCGGCCAGUCUGGACAUGAAGUCGUUCUUUGGCUUCGAGAGCACAGCUGAGAAGAUCGCCAUGAAGCAGUACGCUAGCAGCAUCAGCAAGGGUAAGGAGAUGGUGGAGUACUAUCUGAAGGAGCUGGCGGAUGAGGGCAUUACCCACGUGCCCCGGUGGGCUCCGCCCCUAGUAGCCACUUCCUCUUCCUCUCCCCCGCAGCUGCCCGCCACAUCCUGCGCCCGCCCCAUACCGCCCCCUAGUGGACGCACCGACACCCUCUCAGACACCCUGCCUGGCUCCCCCGACGAUAAACUGGACGCUGACUACAUCAGGCGUUACCUGGGUGAGCUCACGCCGCUGCAGGAGAGCUGCCUCAUCCGCCUCAGACAGGGACUACAGGAGACACACAAGGGCAAGAUCCCUAAGGAGCAGCACGUGUUGCGGUUCCUGCGCUCGCGGGACUUCAGCGUGGAGAAGGCGCGGGAGGCCCUGUGCCACACGCUCACCUGGCGCAAGCAGUUCCACAUCGACCCGCUGCUCAGCAGCUGGCAUUGCCCGCAGCUGCUGCACGACUACUACACCGGGGGCUGGCAUCACCACGACAACGACGGGCGUCCUCUCUACAUCUUGCGCCUAGGCCAGAUGGACACAAAGGGAUUGGUGCGUGCAUUAGGGGAGGAGACUCUACUGAGACACGUGCUGUCCAUCAAUGAAGAGGGGCUCCGGCGGUGUGAAGAAAACACCAAUGUCUUUGGCAAGCCAAUCAGCUGCUGGACGUGUCUGGUGGAUCUGGAGGGUCUGAACAUGCGUCACCUGUGGCGGCCAGGUGUGAAGGCCCUGCUGCGCAUCAUCGAGGUGGUGGAGGCCAACUACCCCGAGACCCUGGGACGCCUGCUCAUACUGAGGGCCCCUAGAGUCUUCCCUGUGCUCUGGACACUGGUGAGCCCGUUCAUCGAUGAGAACACACGCAGGAAGUUCCUGAUCUACGCAGGAAAUGACUUCCAGGGUCCCGGGGGUCUGCAGGAGUACAUCAGCCCAGACAUCAUACCUGACUUCCUGGGGGGAGAGAGCAUGUGUGAGGUGCCGGAGGGCGGGGUGGUACCCAAGUCUCUGUACCGGACGGCUGAGGAGCUGGAGUCAGAGGAGAGCCGCAUGUGGACCGACACCAUCUACAAGAGCGCCAGCGUGCUCAAGGGGGCGCCACACGAGGUGCUGAUCAAGAUCAGCGAGCCCUCGUCCGUCAUCACCUGGGACUUCGACGUGUGUAAAGGCGACGUCGUCUUCAACAUCUUCCACUCGCGCCGUGCACCCCAGGGGACACACACGCUCGCGAACCCACACACUCACACACACGCCCCCCCAGGCGCCGCCAGCAACAACACCCAGCUGAUUGACAGGUCGUGGGUGCUGGGACAGGACUACAGCAAGGUGGAGACGGCACUCACCUGCAGAGAGGGGGAGAGUAUACAGGGCACUCACGUGACUCGCUGGCCAGGGUUCUACAUCCUGCAGUGGCGUUUCCACGGCAGCGCGGCGGCGUCGGCGGCGUGCUCGGGCUCGAGUCUGGCGCGCGUGGACGAUAUGCUCGCCUCCCUCCAGGGGGCACCACACCGCUGCAGGGUUCUGUACUACACAGAGGUGCUGCAGUCCCAACACUUCAGGGGUUCCAUGUCCAGUCUGGAGUCCAGUCACAGCGGCUUCUCCCAGCUCAGCUCCGCCACCACCUCCUCUAGCCAAUCACAUUCCAGCUCCACCCUCUCCAGGUAGUAGCAGACCAAUCAGAAGCCAAGUAGGAGGUGGAGUGACAGCCAGUCAGGACUAUGGAAGACUGAUAGAAUCAAAUGGACUGUAUAGAUGGGCGGCACACACACACUCACACAGUCACACACACACACACACACACAUAUGCGCGCGCACACACACACACACACACACACACACACACACACACACACACACAAAUAGCCAAUCGUCGAGCCUAAAUCAACUCCUCUGUCAACUGCCCCGUGCAAUGCGUGCAUCUAUUAUAUUUGUAUUAAAAAUGGACUCAACUUGGACAUCACCCAGCAGUGACCGUUUAUUCUGAACUCCCCCUAAAAAGGAGUCCUCACCUCUGGACUCUUCCUGUCCUGUCGGUUUAUGUUCUUGUGCUGUUGUGUGGACUCUUGUCUUAAGAAUAUUUGGACACAUUUUUGUCCUGGACCUGGCACAAGUGCAUAAUGACCUUACUGUACAGAUUAAACACACACACACACACACACACACACACACACACACACAUAUAUAAAGUAAACAAACAAACACACAAACAAACGCACACACACACACACACACACACACACACAGACACACACACACACACACACACACACACACACACACACAGACAAAUACAGUAGACAACCUUCUAGCCUAGAUCAACUCCUGUCAACUGCCAACAUUAUUUGUUGUAUAUUUGUAUUAAAAUUAUAUAUUUUAUUGU